UGGGGCCCCGGCUCGGCACUUCCGCGCGGGCAGGCGCAGGGGGCCGCGUCGCCCUGGCCUGGAAAGCGCCGGCGAGCCCAGGCCGCGGCCGCCACAGCCACCAUGCCGGCCCGCUGCGUGGCCGCCCGCUGCGGCAACACCACCAAGUCCGGCAGGUCGCUGUUCCGCUUCCCCAAGGACCGGGCCGUGCGGCUGCUGUGGGACCGCUUCGUGCGCGGCCGCCGCGCCGACUGGUACGGCGGCAAUGACCGCUCUGUCAUCUGCUCGGACCACUUCGCGCCGGCCUGUUUUGACGUCUCUUCAGUCAUCCAGAAGAAUCUGCGCUUCUCCCAGCGCCUGAGGCUCGUGGCGGGCGCCGUGCCCACCCUGCACCGCGGGUCCGGCCCGGCACCUGGGGGAGCAGAAGACGGAGAGCAAGCGGGCGGCCCCGAAAGGGGACGAGAGCCCCGGGCGGCGAGGCUGGCGGAGGCCGCCCCGGGGCCUGCCCCCUGCACCCUCCUCCGGGCCAGAAAGAGGGCUGCGGCUUCACAGAUUACAUGUGAAAAUGAAAUUGCACAAGCACAAGUCCAUGCUGAUCAUCGAUCUCCUGGUGUCGCUUCAGUACCUCCUUACUGUGAAGAAGGCCCAGUGCAUAAAAGUACACAGAUUUCUCUGAAAAGGCCCCCUCACCGAAAUGUUGGCAUUCAGGCCAAGGUAAAAGGGUUUGGAAAACAACUGUGUAACACCACUACUCAGACGGAUGAACUGCAGUCUAGAAGUGCCUCUCUCUCUGACAUUUACUCAUGACUCAGAGACGGACGUUGAGAGUGAGCAGAGCGAUUUGUCUUACAUUGCUGUGCAGGUGAGAGAAGAGUCCUGUUCAAAACUCCACAUCAGAUGACUUGGCAUGCCAUAGGUUUUCCAAUCUUUGCUCACAUCAUUACUUCUUUGCUCCCAUGAAUCUUUCACUUUGAGAUAGUUGAGCAUCAGCAAAAUUUGUUUAGCUCUAAGGCAAAAAUGUGGCUGUCUGCCAAGGUAAUGAAGGUAAUACUGCCCACAAGCCUCCCCACCUCCCACUUUACCAUUUUUUUUUUAAAUCCUUGGUGGAAAUCGGAUUAUAAAACAAAACCACAGUAGCAACAUUUCCAGAUCAAGAUUAAGCACUGAAUAUUUAAGCUUGCUGCAGAAGCAACCCCCAUAUGGGACUUACUUGACAUUUACAAGUUAGAAUGUCACCAUCCGAAAUAAUUUGAAGAUACUAGUAAGCACAGCCAAGUCUGAUACUGUUAAAUGAUUUGGGGGUGGAGUCAGGAGAUUUACCAUUGAUUAUUAUUUUUUAUGUUGUGUAUUUAUUAGUUUGUCCAUUUGUAAUACCAUUCAAUCUGGAUCGGUCCCUGGGUGCAUUACUGGUGAAGCUAUGGCUCAUACAGAAAAUUUUCGAAGGGAAUUAAUUGAAACAGAGGGAGAGCUUCAUAUACUUAGAUUACCUUGUUGAUGAAAUCUGCAUUGGUUCCCAUUGCAACAAACCAAUUAGCUUGAUUCAUUUCGAUUGAAAUUAUUAGCAUCAUGCAAAAAAAAAAAAAUUAGUACAUUUCUAAUGUUAUCCCCAUGUCAGGAAUUGGGUUUUCCUCUAUUAAUACCACUCUGUUGAAUUCCACAUUAGGGAAAUAAGCAUGUGAAACUUAGCUGCUCCAUCUGCCACUCACCAGGAAAAUGUCUCUGGCAAUUCUGUACCAUGAAGUGAUUUGUUACAAUGGUUUCUGAGAAACUUAUUAGAACUCUGAUCUUCUAUUGAGAAUAAUAAAAACAAAUGUCCAUUUUAUACUUCA